AACGGAUGGAGCAGCAGUACUCACAGGCAGAGUUGGGGGACUUGUGACAAAACUCAAACAGGAUUUCCCCAAAGUGCAGUCUAUUCACUGUCUAUCCCACCGACUAGAAUUGGCUGUCAAGGAUUGCCUUAAAGAAGUAGCUGGGUGUAAUCAAUUUGAGUUUUUUGUUGCAAAACUAUAUGCUCUCUAUCACCAGUCAACAAAAAAUGCCCGUUUGCUCCAAGAAGCAGCAGCAGAAUUAAACGUGCAAAUAUUGAAAAUAGGCCAAAUCUUCACUAUUCGUUGGGUGGCUAGUAGUUUUCAGACUGUGAAAGCUGUCUGGAAAGAUUAUCCCGCACUGGCACGCCAAUUCAAAACAGCAACAGACGACACAUCAUCUCGCAGUGACACAGAGAGACAGAAAUUCAGGGGACUGCACAAACUCCUCACGAGCACUGGAUUUCUGGCUGAUUUGGCAACAAUGAAGGAUGUUCUUCGAGAACUUAAAAGCCUGUCGCUAAAACUGCAACGCAGAGAAACAUCUUUGGUAGAUGCAAGUUGCUACAUUCAGCAGACCAUCGAUGUGUUGACAGCUAUGAAAACCAGUGGCGGAAAGUCCACACAAAAAGUGGAAGAAGGCAUUGCUACUGGCAUGUUCAAGGAUGUUGAGCUCUCAGAGAGCAGGCCCAAGAUAAACCGUCUGCAGUUUUACCAGUCUAUAAUAGACAGUUUGAAGAAGCGACUGCCUGAACCGGACCUGGUCCGCAUGCUGAAACCACUGGACAAGCGCUUUUGGCCCGAACAACGGAGCGCCCUGAUCCUCUAUGGGGAGAAUGAAGUACGCGCACUGGCAAAAGUACUGGGGGAACCGGCCCGAGAGGCCAUUGAGGAGUUUCGGGACUACAAAUUAGAGAAUAAAUCUCCAGGGAAAGCCCUGCAAAAACUGCAGACAGCGAGCAAGACCUUUUUGCCUACAUCAGCUGAGUGUGAGAGGAGGUUUUCUGCCGUCAAUUCGACCGACACCGACAAACGCAACAAGUUGCGGGAGAAGAGCCUCUUCUCACUUCUCUUCGUAGACAUCAAUGGCCCCCCCCUGGAGCAAUUCGACCCUCAGCCAUUUGUACGGUCUUGGAUCAAAGCUGGCCACAAACCCUCCACAUCCUGGGUUCCGGGACCGAAAGCGAAGAAGAAGCCGCCCAGGUCCCUGUGGUCGCUUUUACAGUAAGCAAUCCACCCACAGGGGAGUGACAGGGAAGAAGCGAUAGGGACAAUACUGUAGGCCUAUUCCAGGCUGGUCCUAAAGAAGCCCCAAUUCCUUCCCCUUCAGCUGAAAAAAAGUUCAACUAAUUUAAAUUCUGAGGCCGCCGUGCCUAUGUUAUAUAGCCUUUACACUGAAAAACGCUGCCAUGUGUCCCCAACAGCAGCUGAUGUCGUUGCUUUGUUUUGUUUGUUGCAAUUGAAUAAAUGUUGGCUAAUGGCUAUCAAUUGGUUUUGAAACAGUAGCCUCAUGUUGUUAUUUAUUCUCUCUGAAAUGUUAUUGUGCCUUGGCAGUAAUACCGUCUAUAGUAGUAGCAGAGUGUUUUUAUAGCAAUUGAUCGCAUCCGCGCUGCUCCGCCAGUCA